AUGGAAGAAAAGGAACCUGCAGUGGUCAGAAGAAAGACAAAGGGAUCUGACAGUGUGGAGAACAACCCUGCCGACGGACAGACAGAGACAGUCCCCAACAAAGAAGAAAAUCACAAAACAAGUUCGAAGGAGUACACCGAAUCUGUCUCGCAGUGGUUGAUGCAGUACCGCACGCACCAAUGGAUGCACUACUGUUCGCAACAUGCCCUCAUGAUGGCGCCCUACUUCUUUGGUUCCCCGUUUCCACCAGUAAACACACCCAAUGGAUCUCCCUCAAGUCCGUUUGGAGUGCCGCCCCCAGCAAGUGGGCCUGCUGACCACGCCCCCUUUUUCCAGCAGCAGCAAAACGGACAGCAGCAGCCGCAGGUGCAAGUUCCGGGACAGUUUCCAUUUACGUUUCCGCAACCGCCGAUGAUUGAUACUCCAGUACAGCCACCGCAACAGCAAACAGCACAGCCACACAUCCCGCAACUCACAGUGAGUGAAUUCACCCUGCCAUCUCUCUACCGACGCAUAUUUGCCGAAAUCAUCGAUUUCAUCUUGCUGUUUGUCAUGAAAUUUGGCGUCACUCUCUUCGUCAUAGAAUACAUGGGGAUUGUCGAUCCCAGUAGCUUCAUGAUGCGGUUUCUUAUUGAGGAGAUUGAUGAAGAUUCCACGUUUGAAGACCUCCAGCAAAUGCUGCUUUUUGCCUUGAUAUACCGAGUGGUCGUCUGUACAUAUGAGACGUUUUUCCUGCGUCACGGCCUGGGCACGAGGGUGGGUGGGGCCACCCCUGGCAAGUACUGCAUGGGUCUGCGCGUGGUGUCAUGUGACCGAGUCCAGACCCUCGGCGGCAACAGAGUCCUCGUGACGAGUCCGGAGGACCUGACCUAUUUACAAGCAUUCCUGCGAGCCGUCAUCAAGAACUUCUCCAUGGCCUUUUUCUUCCCAGCAUGCAUCACUGUAUUCUUCAACCCUCACUUCCGUGCCGCGUACGACAUUCUCACGCGGAGCGUGGUCGUCUCCGUUCCUAAUUGGGCAGAGAGGCUCCGUCCGCAGAAUAGGUAGUGGAACUGGACAGGGCGGCCCAUUUAAGAAUACAUGUACUAAAUUGUUAUAUUAUAGUUGUCCUCUGUGAGGAUUUAUGGAAAUUUAUCUCGCACAUUGUGUCUAGUUACUAAAUUGUGUUGGAACCCGGGUUCAAAUCCCCCCGGGCACAUUGUGAAUUUGGUUGAUUGAGUUGUUAAUAUCUAUACAUGUACUUGUGUUGGUUUUCUCAAAAUUAAAUAAAAUUCUCAUUUCCUUCAAUGUCUUGUUUGACAGUAAAUUUUAUAGUUCUCUUGAAAAUAAGCACAUUUAAAUUUCAAGAAUAAGUCAAACUUUUGUUGGGGGGAUCGUAUUCAAAUGUGUGAUCUGUUCAAUCAAGCGUAAUGUUCUUUACAUUGUAAAUACAAAAUGAAGAAUUGGUUUAUUAAGAAUAUUUUAUUUCUAACA